AUGGCCACAAGCUUCUCGCGCAGUGGUCUCAUGACCCACGCAACACAAGCGUUUAAUGCCAUCUCAACUACCACCGCCGCAGCGAGCAAGAGGCUGAGCGACUCGGGUUCGCCAGCUGAUGGUCUUUCGGCCGCCUACGUCCACAACCAGGCAGCUGCACGUCAACAAGGCACGGAAUCACCCGAACAGACCACGCUGCAGUUCCACUUGGCACAGCAGAUUGCCGAGUCCAUGUAUGACAAGGCUCGUCGCAUCAACCUUGCUCGCGAGGGAAGUGGAAAUGACGGCAUCUUCCUCCGUGCACACGACAACGUCUACGCUGCCUACCCGAUGGACGCCUACCGUGGCGUGGCUAUGCGGAGUAUCAAGACACUCCGCUGCGAGGCUGCUAUCAUUGUCAACUCUGACAUCAUCGAUUCUGCCCUUUCAACGCUUCGACCUGGCCAGACCGAGCUGAUUCUCACACCUCAGCAACGUGUACAGGUCGUCAAGGAUCUCGACAGUCUCUGGUCCUGUCGCAAGGGUCAGGGUGCUGCCUUCAUCCAGGCCGAGGCCAUCAUGGUGGUCUGGACCGAAGAUGGCAAGGACCUGAUGGAUGCAGCGCUCAGCUUCCAGAACUCAGUGCUCGACUACUUCGAGUCGCUUCGAAGAGGCAACUAUAUCGAGAGCCUCAUCGAGUACAGCUCGAGCAAGAAGUCGAUCUACGGACACUCUAAGUCCAACAGCGUCGCUAGCUCGGCUGCUUCCUCUCAGACUCAUCUACCAUCCUAUCUCUCCCGUUCCGAACUUGGACACGGCAAGAUUGGACACGCAUCAUCCGCAUCCCACGGCAGCGCCUGGAACGAGAAGCUGCAAGACUUUUCCGAAAAGGACGCCGAGGCUGGUAUGGUACCACAGUUGACCAGUGCCAAGCGACCCAUCUACCACCUGGCUCCCCUCCUUACAGGUCUCAGUCUGGGCCUCAACCUUCUCUUCAGCGGUAUCUUCAUGCGCAGCAUCCUGGUGACCUGCGUCACCCUCAACAACUAUUGGUAUCUCUUUGCUCUGCUUGUCAUCCCCUUCCUCAUGAUGCUCACGCAGUUCUUUACCGAUAACAUCUUUGGAUGUAUCGCUCAGAUCUUGAUGCCGUACGGUCAGAUGAAGAAGAACUCGCUCUACUACUCGGGCGAGAAGCCCGUGCCUCUUCCAAUCGAUGUCGAGCUGCCUUCGAUCACCAUCCAGGUUCCGGUUUACAAGGAGUCGCUUGACAGCGUCAUUGCGCCCACCAUUCUCAACAUGAAGAGGGCCAUGAAGAAGUACGAGCUUCAAGGAGGCAAGGCCAACAUCCUUGUUUGCGAGGACGGCAUGCAGCUCAUCAGCGAAGAGGAGCAGCAGGCACGCAAGGACUUUUACAAGACUCACGAGUGCGGUUGGGUCUCGCGUCCCGGUCACGGCCACAACGGCUUCGUUCGUGCCGGUCGCUUCAAGAAGGCGUCCAACAUGAAUUUCGUUCUCGAUUUCAUCGCUGACGUUCAGCAGCUGCUCGAUGGCGGUCGCGCUACUUCCUACAACGAAGCCUUGGAAAUGACGCUGCAGGCUCGCGACGGCAUCGCACAAGCUGAUGGCGACGUGAGACUUGGUGAAUACAUUUUCCUGAUCGAUUGCGACACUCGCAUUCCCGAAGAUGCUUUCCUGGACGCGGCCAGUGAGAUGGAGACCUGCCCUGAGGUGGGCAUCCUCCAGCACUGCUCCGGUGUCAUGUACGUGGCCGACCACUUUUUCGAGAACAUGAUGGGCUUCUUCACGGACAUUGUCAACUGGUCCAUCUCUUGGCUCGUCGCAUGUGGUGCCACGGCUCCAUUCGUCGGCCACAACGCCUACAUCCGCACCUCUGCUCUCCUCCAGGUUUCGGAACGUGACCCCAAGACAGGUCAACUGAUCACUUGGUCCGAGAGCUCGGUCUCGGAGGAUUUCGACAUGUCGCUCCGUCUGCAGCUCCAGGGAUACGUGAUCAGAUGGGCCACGUACGCCAACCUGGGCUACCUCGAAGGUGUCUCGCUCACGCCUUCCGACGAACUCAACCGUUGGCAGAAGUACGCCUUCGGCUGUUCGGAGAUCAUCAUGCAUCCUCUGCGCCUGUGGCCCACCAAGGGACCUCUCACUCCGCUUUACAAGACGUUCCUCUCCAGUUCGCGCUGUUCGCUCGCGCAGAAGGUGACCGUCUCGUCGUACAUGUUCAGUUACUACGCGCUGGCGAUGAGUCUGCCGUUCGCCAUCAGCAUGUUCAUCACCGUCGGCCUCUUCGAGCCCGAGACGAAAGCGUACAUCAUCGACUCUUUCAAGAUCUGGCUCUCGAUUCUCGUCAUCUUUUCGGCAGCCGGUACUGUCGCUCGACUUCUGUGCUUCCUCCGAAGCAAGCAAGAGGGAUUCUUGCACGCUCUCAAGAGGCAAGUCGUCUAUCUCUUGCCGCUCGUCGUCUUUUUCUCUGGGCUGCCGUUCCACAUUCUUCUCGCCAUCCUGGCUCAUCCGAUUGAGUACAACAUGACGUGGGCGGCCACGCAGAAGGACGUUCAAGAGACAAGCAUUCUCGACGAGAUCAAGGACAUCCUGAACCGCUACUGGGACUGCUAUCUGGUCAUGUUCAGCUUCCUGGCGCUCAUGCUGCUGUUCGGCACAAACCUGCUCUCGCAGGAGUUCUGCAUCUACGGAAUCAACCUCUACUGGCCAGGUUCCAUGUCCAUUGCAGGGCACCUGCUCUACCCCAUUCUGCUCAGUCCCGUCUUCAUGCGUUUCAGCUUCUAA